AUGAUGAGGAAAAAGGAGAUUAUUGUUGAUAUAAAGCCGGAGCAACUCGACCAGCUAAAUAGCCAAACAACAUCAGCAGAUGAAUUCAUCGAGAGUCUUGGGCUGAACGAAAACCAAAUUGCAAAGGCUGUGAUUAUCAGUGAUGACAAAAGAAAACCCAAAUCCUUGCGAGUAACCUUUAAGUCUAAGGAGGUGGCUGACAGCGCACUUAAAGGGGACUCGGUCAAAGAUGAGGUUAAAGAUUUGGUCAUGAUCUCACAGAAAUCGAAAGAUUGGGCUGGGGUGGUAGUUUAUAGAGUAAGUACUGAGUGGAACGACAAACUAUCAGAGCUUAAAGAGCAUAUCCAGCAAGAAAACGGAGUGAUGCUAAGCAGGACCCCACACUGGCUCACUAGAGAGGAUACAAAGAAAAGAGGCACAUUGGACAUAGUUAUCCACGUUGCCACAAGACAAAUUAGCGAAAGCCUGCUGGCAAAAGAUGUAAAGUUAACGGACGGGUAUACCUAUAAUGCGAAGGAUGUUAAGGAAUACCGCACAAGAGAAUAUGUUCCAAAGGCAGUAAUGAGAGAAAUCCAGUGUACCACAUGUUGUCGUUUUGGUCACCUGUAUAUGAACUGCGCAGCAAGGGGGACCAACGGCGUAAGAUGA